CUCCCUCCCUUCUUCCUCUCACUCUCUCGCUCGUCCUACAUGAGCCACACACAACAGUGAGCCUGCCUGACUCUAAACUCCACACCAGCCACUCGGCUACACAGACAAACCCAAGAAUCGCUCUCUGCUCUCCUCUGCUGCGCUGCUUUGCUUCCCUUCAUUGGAUAUUUUUCCUUCCUGGGGUGUUUUUUUUUUUUUUUUUGUGAAUGGGUAUCUGAAUCUAGUGUGAGGAGCUUGUGAAUGGACUGACUGACAGACGGGCAAAGAGCGAGGCAGCUGUGUUUCAAUUAAAGAGAGCUAUGCUGAGAGGUCAAGUGAGGAGCAGCGGAGCUUCUUAGUAGUCUGGAAAUACAAAGACACGUGAGAGGAAUUGAGAAAGAGAAGCAGAGAUAAAGAGAGAGAAGAUGGUCCACCACAGAGAGGAGGAUCUGAUCGGAAUCCCCUUCCCAAAUCACAGCAGCGACGUCCUCUGCAGCCUCAACGAGCAGCGUCGCGACGGGCUGCUCUGCGAUGUCAUCCUCAUCGUCCGAGACCAGGAGUACCGCACCCACCGCUCCGUCCUGGCCGCCUGCAGUCAGUACUUCAAGAAGCUCUUCACAGUGGCCACUACUGAUGGCGGAGAUCCCAAUCACGCCGCGGCUGUGUAUGAAAUUGACUUUGUGGCUCCAGAGUCGCUCACAGCCAUCCUGGAGUUCGCCUACACGUCCACGCUGACUGUGACGGCGUCAAACGUCAAAGAGAUCCUGAAUGCAGCUCAGAUGCUGGAGAUACCCUGCAUCAUUAACGUUUGCCUGGAGAUCAUGGACAGCGGUGGCGGAGGGGGUGGCGGUGGGGGUGGGAGAGAGGUGGAAGGGGAGGAAGAUGAAGAGGAGGAAGAAGAAGAGGAGGAAGAGGAAGAGGAGGACGAAGAGGAGGACGCGGGGUCGAGAAAGGAUGAGCACGAGGAAGAAGAGGACAAUGUCAGCGAGAGGUCGCUCCAGUCUUCCACGAGCAGAGGGGAGCGGACGCCCCCGGGGAUGGAGGAUUCGCCACCUCCGAGCACCUCUAAGUACCACCAGCAGUUCGGGCUGCACAGGGAGACGCCCCAGUCGCAGUCUCCAGAAACCAUGAGAAAGCAGGAGAGCAUUGAGACUCGAGCUCUGAAAGAUUUCUCCAUCGAGUCUCUCCUGCAGGAAGGGCUCUACCCUCGCAUGCCAGCACUGGACAGGAGGUCCAACUUUUCUCCUCUCCUUCCAGGAUUCUACCCCCCGAUGUGGGCCGCUGAGUUCCCAGCUUUCCCUCAGCAGCUCCUGGAGCCAGCCCACCACCCUCACAUGGGGGCUUCACCACAAACCAGGCUCCCCCACAACUUCCCUGCCUCCACACCACUCGAAGCCUCCAGACCCCUUGAUCUGGCCGUAAAAAGAGAGAUCAUAAAGGAGGAGAUGAAAGAUGAAGUCCCUCCCAGUAUGCUCCAAGGCGAACUGCUGAAGGAGUUUGUCAGCUCGAACCUGGACGGCACUAUGAACGCAGGGUCAGUGCCAGCAGAGAGUCAUCCGCUGGGUCCCAUUAAGGAUGAGGCAGACUUUCGGUCGUACCUGAGUUUUCUGAGCUCCGCAUCCCACCUGGGUUCGCUGUUCCCCCCCUGGCAGCUGGAGGAGGAGAGGAAGAUGAAGCCCAAAGCGUCACAGCAAUGUCCCAUCUGCAACAAGGUCAUUCAAGGAGCUGGGAAACUGCCACGGCACAUGAGGACACACACAGGGGAGAAACCAUACAUGUGCACAAUCUGUGAAGUACGAUUCACCAGACAAGACAAGUUGAAGAUCCACAUGCGGAAGCACACAGGUGAACGCCCCUACAUCUGCCAUCACUGCAACUCCAAGUUUGUCCACAACUACGACCUGAAAAAUCACCUGCGCAUCCACACGGGCGUCCGUCCGUAUCAGUGCGAACACUGCUACAAAAGUUUCACGCGGUCUGACCACCUGCAUCGACACAUCAAGCGGCAGAGCUGCCGAAUCUCACGCCCCCGGCGGGGACGGAAGCCAGCUGCUUGGCGUUCAGCGCCCCCCGGCAACUUCCUAUGUCCCCCUACUGCUGCGACCAACCGGUUCGAGGAGAGCAGGUUGAGCCCCGCGUACCAGGGGGUCAAGAGUCACGCACUUGGGGAGCUGCUGGGCCUCGGGAACAGAGGUCAGGGGUUUAAGAGCGCGGACGCUGCCGGCAGGGAGAGUAGGGAGGAGCUGCGGGCAGAAGGGAAGCACAUGUCGGAGGAGGAGAAGCCGGGAGCUGGGAGGCAGAGGGGAGUGUUUGCUUUUGCUCUAGCUGGAGAAGAAGUGCUUACCCAAUCUCCAUAUUAUGCUGCGACCUCUAACCCCUGGGCCAUGAGGCUGGAGCGGGCUCCACCCAUCCCUGAGCCGGCCAAAUGAACACUGGUCUGCAGAAGACAAAAGGAAAAAAAAAAGACAAAGAAAAUGUCUUUAACCUCUGCAUCUCAUCUGCUCCAGAAAGCUAAAGCACCUUUUACACAGAGAGAGAGAGACAGCAAGAGAGAGUGACGUGUCAAUGAAUAGCUUGAAGCCUGCUGAUACGGCAAACAGAUAUUCAAUCAAAAAGCAGACUUCUGUCACAUCUGCACGAAACAGUAGGUCAACACAGGUCUUACUAUUCACAUUAAUGAAGGUUCUCUUCUAAAUGAAUGUGAUUAGCAGCACCCGUGAGUACCUGCAGCACGAUGUCGUGGCCGACGGCGACAAAAAGGUCUAUUUCUUCAUCCCCGUGAAUGUUUACAUAUUCCUUCAAAAGAAGCAAAACAGUCUGUUUAUGAGGGAUGCCGUUUUCGUACAUGUAUAUUUUUUGCAUUAUUUAUUCAAA